AUGUCGCUCUCGCUCUGGCAAGUUCCUCUCAUGGUGGAUUAUCUCAUGGACGAUUGCUUCCACAAGAUGAAUCGCAGCAUCUUCCCUUAUUGGAGGAAUGCUGACCAUUCCAUGCUGCAUGUUGGCAAUGACACUCAAAAGGUAAUCGACGAGGACAAAAAAUUCGCUGUUUCACUCGAUGUCUUACAAUUUCGCCCUGAAGACUUGAAGGUGCACCUCGAUGGCAGGGAACUGACAGUUGAAGGAAAACAAGAACACAAGGGUGAAAACAGCUACAUCCACAGGUCGUUCAUACGCAAAUGGACAAAACGUAGAUUUGGAAUCUGUGCGUACGCAGCUCAGCGAUAA